AAUCAAAAAUUAUAAAAAUUGUAUCGACGUGAAGUGUAUGUAUCCAAUUGCUGUGCACGGGGGUUUUAAUUAAUUAUUGUUUUUGCCACAGUUCCUUACGUUAAUAAAUUGAUGAAGUACUAACUAUUAAACAUUUGUGUCUUAAUAAAAUCAAGUGUGCUUAAACUAAUUGGAUUUAAAAGUAUCAGUGUCCUCAGUUGUUUUGUGUCGUUGAUAAGACAGUGUUGUGGAAAAUAAUUUGUGAGUGACGUAAUAUCGAAAAAAGUUGGUUUUUCUGAAGUGUAAUGGCAGAGACGAGUGAGGCGAAACCCAGCGCUUCGGCACCAGGCGGAGAUGCUGGGGGCGAGGAGGAGAAACGGGACGAGCGAAUGCUUGAGUGCAACAUCUGUCUGGACACGGCUCGUGAUGCAGUCGUCAGUAUGUGUGGCCAUCUCUUCUGUUGGCCUUGCUUGCACCAGUGGCUGGAGACUCGCCCCAGUAGGCAGGUGUGUCCAGUGUGCAAAGCAGCUAUAAGCAGAGAAAAAGUCAUACCCCUAUACGGCAGAGGCAAUACCAAACAAGAGGACCCGAGAAAUAAGGUGCCCCCGCGGCCCGCCGGCCAGCGCACGGAGCCCGAGAGCAGCGGCGGCUUCCCGGGCUUCGGCUUCGGCGAAGGCUUCCACAUGUCGUUCGGUAUCGGCGCCUUCCCUUUCGGCGUCUUCACUUCCACCUUCAACUUCGGGGACCCGCGCCCCAGUGCAGCGCCGCGCGGCACCGCCCAGUUCGAGGAGGAGCAGUUCCUGUCCAAGAUAUUCCUGUGGGUGGCCAUCCUGUUCGUGCUGUGGCUCGUGUUCGCGUGACCACAGCUGUUGGCCGCCGCCGCCCGUGCGCCCGCGCCGCUCCUGCUGCACUGAGCCGCAUCGCCACGUUAACGUAAUGCACCAAGUCGCCCUCGCCGUACGCACGUCUGCGGCCUUGGUACAAGAUUCGCGCGCUCGGGGUAAAAUGGAUCUUAUUUCUAUCGCGUAAAAGCUCGAAUUAUGCUACAAUUCAAUAGCUCGGGCUUUUGACAUAUAUUUUAGUUAACAAAAAUCAGAAGUACAGUAUUUGCGACUUUAAAGCGAGUUACAUUAGGUUCAUUUUACUUUGACGAUACGAAAACGACUCCUCGGUUGCGAGCAAGCAAAUCUUGUACUGAGGCUACUGAUUGGCCGGGGGAAGUUGGCUCUUCGAGACGGAAUUAAUAGUUCGGUGAAAUACGAUCGCACGUACUGGGGCCCAAAGUUUUCUAUUGCAAUUGUGUGUCACUGGUGGAUCAAUGACCACAAAUACAUAUGAAAAAAAACUUUAAAAAAUAAAACGUUUAUAAUUAUUAAUAUAGCUUUGCCCGCGGACGUCUGAUUUUAUUACGGUUUUUUUUGGAAAAAAGGAGCCUAUGUAAGAGCUGCUUAAAUGAUGAUACGAACACAAUAAACUAUAACAUUCCCUUUUAGUAGGAGUAUUUUUUUUUCAUGUUGACAUUCUCGUUAUUAAAAAAUAUUACUUAUUUCAUGCAGUACGAGAACUUACGGUAAUCGAGUGACAAGUUAACACAACUCGAAUAGAAAACCAUCCUUGCGUAAGUAAUAAUUGUUUUAUUGUUUAACAUAAUAUUUCUUUCCUUACUUUUUGUCUUUGAUCGACUACUGACACACAAUUAUGAAAAGUUGAGUGUUUUCGCUCGACGUAUUUCCAAAGCAUGCGCGAGUUAAGCCGAUAGAUUUAUUUAGUGUUUUAAUGCUUCCAUAUUCGAAAUCAAAGUUAUCGAUCUAGAUAUAUUCCGGAUUGUCAUAAUGCCGUCGAACGUAUAAAUAUCAAAUUUAAAUCUUUUUUUUAUUAGUUAUUAUUUUUAGAGUAGUAUACUAGAAUUCAUUAUAUUUAGGUUUUUUUUCAGCUCCUCGGAACAGAGCACUGCAAUGUUAUUAUUUAUAACAACAGGCCAAUUUAUUUAAGGCGAUAUCCUAUUACUGAGGAGCCGCCUCUGGUGUGCGACCUAUUCAACAAUAUAAACUAUGAUUUAUUUACAUAAUAUCACAGACUGACAUUAUUUUAUGCGAGAGAAAGGACAGCUUCUCUGUGCUUUCCGCUUGCAUAAAACAGUUUGUUUUUAUUUUGUAUCCCGUCUCGUUGGCCUUGCUUUAUAUUAUCCUUGCCAUCAUAACAAUAUUCCGUGCGUAGCGGGCGAUUUUUGUGCGAUUUUUUUUUCUAAUUAUAAGCAAAAUUUUAUUUUAUUAUUAAUUUUGGAUACCAAUAUGGUGGAGAGUAUAUAUAAUAGGUUAAAAAUUGUUUGUGCAUUUUAAUUGGAUGAACUAAAUCAUGUGCUGGAUAUCACACUAGUUUAUUAAAAACGCGAGAAAUAUAUUCACAUGUUAAUGUAUAUUAAGUAUGACACAAAAUAAAGGAAAAAAUAUACUAGCGAAGGACAAUGAACAAAAAUAAUAAUGAUAAAAUAAUAUUCUUCAAAUCCCGCUAAAUAUAAGGAAAUAAAGAUUUAAAAAGCUACUUAAAUCCGAUGCGAAUACAAUAAACUGUUACAACCCCGAUUUUCUUUAUUAGGAGUUAUUCUUUUAUCAUCAUAAUAUUAUGAUGACAUUCUUAUUAUUUAAAAUAUUAUUUUAUGCAGUCUGUUUAAAAAGGAAGGAAAAUGUAAAAAUACGUUAAAUCGGAAUUUCACAUAUUAUUUUUUUCCUUUAGUCUGUGCUUAUAAAGGGUUUAUACAUUAAUUACGGCACGGUAUUGACCCCUUUCCCCCUUAACGCGUGGCGCAGUUAUAUGCUGGGUCCCAGGGGUUCUUGAAGAUAGACCGGCCUGGAGUGUAGGGCCAGUUCUGGUGGCAUUUAAAUUAAAGCUUUAAUGUAUUGAAAUAAGUUUGUUUUUACAUUAAACGUUGAGGUAUUUGUGGACAACAAGGAAUCCUAAAUUUAAAAUGCAUGUAUAAGGAGUCUGUCUGGCAAUCUCAGACAGCGAUUGCCAAAGAGUUGCAGGUUCGAAUCCUGUAGGUUUCAAAGUUUUUACAUGCAUUUUAAAAUUUAUAAAAUAGACAUUUCCACAAAGUGUAAGUAAAAACAUUUUAAUAAAAAAAGAUAUUAUAUUUAUAAAAACCUUUCAACCAAUUUAGGCCAUCUUGGCAUGGCUAUCUAGUGGCUAGUUUUUGCCUUAUUACUUUUUAAUGACGUCACCAAUUCACUGAAAAUUACUAUCACACACAAUUAUUUAAAGACUUGUUAUUCAUCAAAACCCCUUUUUGACUGAAGCCUUGACAACCGAAAACAACUAUUUUACAGUCAGGUUUAAAUAGCAGUCACCUGGAGAUGGUCGGCCUGUCUGAAAGGACCCUAUGUUUAUAAAACAUGUUGUAGAUAUUAUAUUUGAAUAAAAACAUUAUUAUUGUUAGUCGAUCAAAUAGGUUGCUAGCUCUUUAUAUGAUAAUAAACGAUCGAGAAAUACGGCCGAACUUCGCUGUGGCAAAACUCACCGUACGUCGUAUCAAAAAAAUUCGCUAAAUAUACUGCGAAGAGUUCGCGUCCGCAAUUCUGGGUUGUAUAUAAUUUUGCCUUGUCAAAAUUUGCUUCCUUAAACGUUAGCUUUAACAAUAAAACAAUUAUGACACUGUAGACACAAUAUCUGAAAAAAGGAAUAAGUAUAUAAGAAUAAGUUUUGAUCAACUAGAAAUCGCCAACUAUGAAGCUUGCUCACAAUUUGUGUAACACUUAACUUAAAAAUUUUGCAUACAAUUUGUGUAGACAAUUUUUUUUUUUUUUUUUUACGUCAUUUAUAAGUGUUUGUUUUCAACAAUUCUGGUAAAUAAAUGAUCGACAUGAAAUAAAUAAAUUAGGUGUCUUAAAAAAAUAUGUAGCUUUUUUUUACGUUUGU